AUGUCGAAAACCAAGCAAUCAAGAGGGAUUAGUCGAGAUGGCUGGCCUAGGCGACAGCCCGUGCAUCACAUCCUGGAGUUGGAGCAUCAGAUUGAAAGCCGCAAACAGAAAUCUCGGUGUGUGCGAAGGAAUGGAAGACGAAGGGGCAUCACAAUUUUCAUCUUUUGGCAACAGGAGUACGCCGAUAGUCAAGAUUGCACUUAUUUUCAUGCCGUUCUUCAAGCCCUUAGCCAGUCAAAGAUUCAAACAGUGAAUAUUUCAUUGCAAAUCAAAGGAACUCAAAAGAAGGGUAAGGGUCAUACCGUAAAAUCUGUGACAUGUCGACAUGAAAGUUGAGUAGUGAUUCAAAAUAAGUAGUGACAUUUAAUAAGUUUGGAAACCAGUUGGAGAAGAAAGAAAUGAAGUAACACAAUUUCUUGGGACACUUGUAACUUGUAAGGAUGACUGACAAUGUUGGAAUACAAUAUGAAGACCAGAGAAAGGAUCCCAUGCACAUAAUUUAGACUUGUUGAACUUUUUUGAAGAUGGUUGUGUUUUAAAUAUAUA